GGCUGAGCAGCGAGCUGGGUGUGUCCCACGGGUCCCACCCAGCGGCGGAGGCCGGCGCGGUGCCACCCUCCGGCGGGGCGGGCGGAGCUGCGGCGGGUCCCGGGCGCGGCGGGCCGGGAGCGGCUGGCGAGGCGCGGGCGCUGCGCUGUGCUGUGCUGUGCUGUGCUGUGCUGUGCUGUGCUGUGCUGUGCUGCGCUGCGCUGCGCUGUGCUGUGCUGCGGGACGGGCGGCAAUGCGGCGCUGGAGGCUCCUUCGCUGGGCGGUGCUGCUCGCCCUCCUGGUCCCGGCCAGAGGUGAUUUUUCUGACUUCAACUUAGAAGAUGCAUUGGGAGAAGCUACAAAGAAGCCUCUUCCAUCUAAGAAGCCACCACCAUCAGAUGACGAUGAGUUCAACUUGGAAGAUGCUCUUCAUCCUGAUGACCCUAAGCCAGGUUCACCUACAAAACCCAAAGUUCCUGAUAACCCCAAGCCAGAUUUGCCCGUUAAAGACACUGGCAACUUGGAUGAUUCAGAUCUAUACGAUGGCAGUUCACGAAAAGGAGGUGCCGAUGGUAGUGGCAGCAAUGAACGAAAGGGCUCAAGUCCAGAUAAUGUUGAGGUCGCUGACUCUUCUCAGGGAGCAAUAGCUGGAAUUGUAAGUGCUGUCGCGGCUACUGUAAUUGGAGCAGUAUCUAGUUUCAUUGCUUACCAGAAGAAGAAACUCUGUUUCAAACAAAGCGCAGAUGAGGAGAAUGUGAAUAUGGACAGCCAUCGGGGAGCACAGUCUGAGCCACCUGUUCAGCGCACACUUCUGGAGAACUAAAUUAAAGAAAACAUGAUGAAGAACAGACUAUUGAAACUGGAUAGAGCGCCUGCAUUCUGCCUGGAAAAAAAAAAACAACAUAAAAGGAAACAACAAAAGCAUUAAAAAAAAAAGAGGAGUCUUAAGUUACAUGAGAAAACAGUUCUUGUUUGAAACACUUCUGGGGGUGUGACGUAGAACUGAGUACUUCUGUAUGGUUAGUCCUGUGAAGCAUUGUUGCACACCAGUAUAUGGCCUUAAUGACAGGAGUGUAGAAGUAUGUUGUGCCUUUACAUUCUUUUCUGUACUCCUUUGACAAAUGGGUGUGUCUCGAGUGCAUUCAGUAUGUUUAACUUUUCCUUACCUCUCUAAAAAAAAUAAGCAAUUAAUGUUUUGUCACACCAUUGCUUUCAGGCAGUGCAAACAUUUUUUUAAUAUCCUGUAUGCAGUGAGUGUACCAGCCAAACAACUUGGUAUAUGCUGUGGGCACCUGAAAGCAAGUGGCUCACAGCGUGUGGGUAAUGGAUCUGGGUGUGGGUGCUGUUCCUACAAUCUGUGUAGCCUCCUGGGUCACCCACCAGGGAAGAGAUGCUUGUUUUGAGCAUCCAAGAGACAAAAAAAUCAGUUUUGUUACUGUGUUUUUUUUCAUUGCAUCUGUCUGGUACAGAUUCAGAACACCCAAGCUAGUGCACACAGACCCUUCAUCCUUUCUGGCUCUUCCUGCUUAGCAAGCAUUGAGCUGGUCAGAUGUGGAAAAGUUGGAUUUGCAAAUUGGAACCAUAAUCGGAUUUUGUACAUCUGGGGAGACUGUUGUUUGGCAGUUGUCUGAACAGAUGUGGGUGAAGCACUGGGGAGUGGGGAUUAACAUCUUCAGGCUUCCAUAACCAAAAACUUAUUAUAAUGUCUUACUUUAAAUUCAGAAGGCUAAUAAUAUGCACUUAAAGACAGAAGCAGUGCUACAGUUCAAAAAUACAUAAUAGCACCAGAACAAUCCAGCUGACCAGAACAGCCCAGCUUCAUUCCAUAAGCAUCCAUUGAACAGUAUAAACAGCAUAUGUAUGAAGAAUGCUUUUGGACUUGUGAAGGAUUGCCAUUGGGAUGAGGACCUAUGAUUGCAUCCUCAACAGAAAGCACUUACGAGCUUUGCUGUGGCUCUUGAAAGCCACAGGAGGGUUUCAAGGAUCUGUAGAAACGUGGAAAACUAUGCAACUCAUAACAAUUAAAGGACUAAGUCUGAAAUAGUAACUAGUUCUUUCUGGAAGGAAUAGUCUGACCAGUUCUGCUGGCUUUCAUUCUAAUUGUUUCAAAUUUUCAUGCAGUUUUAUAAUGUGCCUUCCUAAUGUGCUUCAGCAGCCUGGCAAGCUCAACAGAAAGAUGAUAUUUCAUUAAACAUCUGAAAAGUCAUUAUGAAUUUGGAUAUUAAACAUGUAAAUAUAUCUGUGCAUUCAGAUAUGAAUGUAUGCCAAGGAUAAUUCAUUUAAGAAUUUAUUGUACAUGUUUCUUAGCUUGUUAUGGAAUGAAUUUGUAAACCUCUUUUUGCCCCACUUCUGCUUUUAGUAUGGAAGUGCUAAAACCUUUGUGUGUUUGAGGGUGGAAAAUUGAUUUUUAUAUAAACUUUUGACCUAUGUAUAGACAAAAAAAAUGAAAUGUACUGCUUACCUGCAUGAAUAAACAGGUAUCUCAUAACAAUGCCAAGUGUAGCGAAAACAGAAAUAAACCAGUGUUUGUUACAGAUAGAAUGGCAGAGGAAGUUCAAAUGAGCUUUGAGCAAACCGGGUUCUUGACUUCAGCUUUUGCAAACCUAAAAAUUACUUACUAAAAUCUCCUAUCAACAUUGUGAUUUUUCUAAAAAUAAAAUUUAAAAAAAAAGAAA